AUGUAUCAAGCGCAGCCUCUGCCGGGGGCCUACUACGGCCCGGCGGUCCCUCCCAAGCAUCAGAGAAAGUCCCGGGGCUGCUUCUGCUGCCUCUUGAGCACCUUCUUCAAGAUCCUCAUCGGCUUGGUGAUCCUGCUCGGCGUCCUCGCCCUCGUUCUAUGGCUGGUCUUGCGUCCCGUUGAGGUCAAAGCUUACGUGAGGACGGCCUCCCUGACGCAGUUCAACCUCUCCACCGUCGGCGGCAAUGACAAUUUCCGGUACAACCUCACCGCCGUCGGCCGCGGCAGCAUCGGGUACAACCUGAGCACCGUGAUUGACAUCAGGAACCCCAACAAAAGGAUCGGUCUGUACUACGAUUCGAUCGAGGCGAUCGCCUACUACGAGGGCGAGAGGUUCGCCUGGAAAGCCCUCCCCGCCUUCUACCAGGGCCACAAGAAUACGACCACCCUCUACCCGGCCUUCUCUGGCCAGUCGACCAUCGACAUGAGCAUCUCCGAGGUGCAGGACUUCGAGUUGCACCGUCAGGCUGGCACCUUCGACGUGACUCUCCACCUCAGGAGCCGGAUCAGGUUCAAGCUCGGCUCCUCCUUCAAAACCAGCCGCACCACCAUGAAGAUCAAGUGCAACAUGGCCCUCCCCUACGGCAAGUCCUUCUCGGGGACCAAAUGCGACGUCGACUGGUGA